AAAUCCGCUACUCGGUAAGUAAAAAGUUUGACGCGAGCUUAUAUAUUCGAAACAGGUUUGAAUCUUUGAUCAACGUUUUGAUCGCGACCAACAACUGGCAUCAGGAGAGCAGAGCAUACGGUAUCUACACACUUCACAGGCAAUGUUGAAAGCGGUAACCAUGUCUCUGUGGUUCAAAUCUGUUGCUGGUAUAAGAAUGAUGUCCCACCACAGCCCCCUAUCAGGAAAGGUUGCUAUUGUAACUGGAUCAACUGAUGGGAUUGGGCUUGCGGCUGCAGAGGCCUUGGGUCAGAGAGGAGCACAUGUUGUUGUGAGCAGUCGACAACAGACCAAUGUUGACAAGGCUGUAUCAAUUUUGCGCAGUAAAAAUAUAAAAGUAACAGGAACCACAUGUGAUGUAGGAAACGCAGAAGACAGAGAGAAGCUCAUUAACGUGACAGUUGAGCAGUGUGGUGGUGUGGACAUCCUGGUGGCUAAUGCAGCAAUGAUCCAAUUUAUUGGGAACAUAUUAGACUCCACAGAGGAUGUCUGGGACAAAAUAUUUGGAGUGAAUGUAAAAAGUCAAUUUCUACUGACCAAACUAGUCGUUCCUUACAUGGAGAAAAGAGGAGGUGGGUCAGUUGUGUUUGUGUCUUCAGUAGCAGGGUACAUGCCACUACAAGGCCUGGGCCUUUACAGUGUGAGUAAGACAGCUCUGAUUGGUUUAACUCGAGCACUUGCUCCUGAUCUUGCCCACAGUAAUAUCCGGGUGAACUCUGUUGCCCCUGGCCUCAUCAAGACACCUUUCAGCUCUAUGCUGUGGGGGAAUGAAAAUGUGCUGGAAGAAUUACUAAAGCAGAUAAGCAUGAAAAGAGUUGGGAAACCAGAGGAGAUAGGUGGUGUGAUUGCAUUCCUGUGCACGGAUGAAGCCUCAUAUAUCACAGGAGAGACCUUUACUGCAUCCGGAGGCAUCAACUGCAGACUUUGAGUGCCAGUGGUUGCUGUUCUCAUAUACAGUGUACUGAUGCAGCAGAGUUAUGGGGAUUAUUUUUGUAUUGGAUAUAUAUAUGCUUUAGCUCUCAAAGUGGCGAAUCGAUUGACUUGCAUGACGGAGCGCUGGGGU